UGAAAAUCGUUGGAAAAAUAAAGCAGCAAUCCAAUACUGCCACUAGACCAAGACUUAGAAGCUCAAUUGCCAUGGACACUGGUGGGAAAGCAGAAGAAGAGACUGUUAGAGAGUUGAGGCAGUGCUUCAAAACUGGAAGAACAAGAAGUGUGACAUGGAGGAAAAAGCAGCUCAAAGCUCUCCUAGACCUUGUUCAUGACAAUGAAGAUGCCAUUUUUGAAGCUCUUUAUCAAGAUCUUGGAAAGCACCCUGUUGAAGCUUACCGCGACGAGGUUGGAGGGGUAGUAAAAUCAGCCACCAACGCUUUGAACAAUGUUGACAAAUGGAUGGCACCUAAGAAGAGUCCUAUUCCUUUGCUUUUCUUCCCAGCAAAAGGAGAAGUGUUGCCAGAACCACUUGGAGUGGUUCUCAUAUUUUCUUCUUGGAACUACCCCAUCAUAUUGGCAUUGGAUCCAUUGAUUGGGGCAAUAUCUGCUGGAAAUGUUGUGGUCUUAAAACCAUCAGAGCAAGCUCCAGCAUGUUCCUCUUUUCUUGCCAAGACCCUUCCUCACUACUUGGACUCUAAUGCCAUCAAGGUGAUUGAGGGUGGAGCAGAUGUGUGUGAACAGCUACUGCUGCAGAAAUGGGACAAAAUAUUCUUCACUGGAAGUCCACGUGUGGCUAGCAUGGUCAUGUCUGCUGCUGCUAAGAAUUUAACUCCUGUUACUCUGGAGCUGGGUGGAAAAUGCCCUGCCAUACUUGAUUCCCUUUCCAAUCCUUCAGAUUUUAAGUUGGCUGUCAAAAGAAUCGUAGGAGGGAAGUGGGGAGCGUGUAAUGGACAAGCAUGUAUAGGAAUCGACUAUGUUCUUGUUGAAGAGAAGUUCUCAUCUGAUCUGAUAGAACUAUUGAAGAAGUUCAUCAGAAAGUUUUUUGGUGACAACCCAUUAGAGUCAAAGUCAUUGUCGCGAAUAGUGAAUAAGCAGCACUUUCAAAGAUUAGGCAAUCUUCUUAAAGACCCUCUUGUUGCUGCUUCCAUCGUUCAUGGCGGCUCCGCAAAUGAAGAAAACCUGUUCAUUGAGCCCACAAUCUUGUUAGAUCCUCCACUAGACGCGGAGAUAAUGACAGAAGAAAUCUUUGGACCACUGCUUCCAGUGAUCACAGUGAAAAAUAUUCAGGAAACUAUUGAAUUUGUCAAUUCAAGACCAAAACCUCUAACCCUUUAUGCCUUCACCAAAAAUGAAGCUUUCAAGACACAGAUUCUAUCAGAAACCUCUUCGGGGAGUGUCGUAUUCAAUGAUUCACUGGUUCAAUUUUUAUGUGAUACACUCCCCUUUGGAGGUGUUGGCCAGAGUGGCAUGGGAAGGUACCAUGGGAAGUUCUCCUUUGACACUUUCAGCCAUGAAAAAGCAGUAAUGCAUAGAAGGCUGUGCCUUGAAAUUGAACCAAGGUACCCUCCUUGGAAUAAUUUCAAGCUAGAGUUUAUCAAAUUGGCAUAUAGAUUGAACUACUUUGGACUAGUUCUGCACAUGCUGGGCUUGAAAAAACACUAGAUAUAUAUCAAUUCUGCAGCUAUAAUGCUUAUCUAUCCUCGAAUAGAUGAUGACUCAAUAUGCAUUAGGCUUUAUUAUUGUGAGUGAAUACGAGUUAUCAACUAUGCAUUAGGCAUUAUGUCUAUUCAACACUUAUUCAACUAUGUUCGAAGUGUUUUGAUGCCCUACAUUAUACUGUCGAAUUCUUUCUAAGAGGUUGCCAAUAUUUUUAUUUCAAUUGAAAAGCAACAUUUCCCUUGAUUCAUGUUUUGAAAAGGUUGGUUUUGAGGUUGACUUAAACUGGUGUAUGCAACUUUGUUGAACUACAUGAUCAAAAGGUGGAGUCUAAAGACAUGGUUUACUUUUAGUCUUUAAGCUUUGUAUAUAAAUUAUGUUUUAGUUGAA